AUGAAUGGAAAUCAUCUAUUGAUAAUAAUUAUUAUUGUUGUUGGUUUUUCAUUUACAUAUUCUGCUGUGAUUAAUAUUCAUUCAAAAAAUCAUUUGAACCAUCCAAGUAGAACAUGGGAUCAAGCUAUUGCUAUGAGUAAAACCUUUGUUACAAAAUUAAGAUUAGAAGAAAAAUGCAAUAUGACAGCUGGUAUUGGAGGUCGAUGUGCUGGUAAUAUUUUUCCUGUAUCACGUCUGAAUUUUAAAGGAUUAUGUUUGCAUGAUUCACCAUCUGGUGUUGGUGGUGUUUUACAUUCAACUGCUUUUACACCUGGUAUACAUAUAGCAGCUAGUUGGGAUCGAAACUUGUUCUAUAAACGUGCUGUUGCAGUAGGUAAAGAGUUUCGAGGUAAAGGAGUGAAUGUUAUUUUAGGUCCAAUGAUGAAUUUUGAUCGAAAUGCUCGAAAUGGUCGUAAUUGGGAAGGAUUUGGUGCUGAUCCAUAUCUUGCUGGAGAAAAUUCAUUUUAUUAUAUUCAAGGUGUACAAGAUCAAGAUGUUAUUGCAACUGCUAAACAUUAUAUUUGUAAUGAACAAGAAACUAAUCGUUUUUUUGGUCUAACAGGUUUUCCAAGUAUACCAGAUGCAAUUAAAUCCAAAGGUUAUUCAGCUAAUGUUGAUGAUAAGACAAUACAUGAAAUUUAUCUUUGGCCAUUUGCAUCUAGUGUAGCUGCUGGUGUAGGUUCUGUUAUGUGUUCAUAUAAUGAAAUAAAUGGUACACAAGCUUGUCAAAAUGAUAAAAUAUUAAAUAAAAUUUUAAAAGAAGAACUUCAAUUUUCUGGUAAUGUUGUAUCUAAUUGGUAUGCAACAAGAACUGGUGUAGAAUCAGUUUUAGCUGGUUUAGAUGUUGAUAUGCCAGGUGAUGAUGGAUUUUUGGGUUUUUCACUUUUACAAGCUGUUAAAAAUGGAUUGAUUUCAGAAAGAAGAAUUGAUGAUAUGAUUACUCGAAUUGUAACACCUUAUUAUCUUCUUAAACAAGAUGAAAGAUAUCCAUCAAUUGAUUUAGAUCGAGAUUUUAUUGGAGAUCAUUAUAAGAUUAAUAGAGAAAUUAGUAGUGCAGGCAUUAUUUUACUUAAAAAUAAAAAUAAUGUUUUACCAUUUAAUGUUAAGAAAGAUAAAUAUCUUUUUAUUUAUGGAGCAGCAGCAGGUCAAUCUAGUGAAGCUGCUAGCUCAAAUAUAUUUGUAGCUUUUUCAAAACGACCUACAGGUGCAUUAUAUCAAGGUGGAGGUUCAGCUUUUGUUAAUCCAACAUAUGCCAUUGAUCCUCUUAGUGCACUUUUGAUUAAAGGACGAGAUUCACAUCUUAAUAUUCAUUAUAUUACUAAUCAAAAUGAUUAUAAUUCUAUUAAUGAUUCAUUCAAUUUUCGUGGUUUUGCUAAUGCAAAAUGUCUUGUUUUCAUUAGUGCUUGGUCAACUGAAGGAGCAGAUAGAAUAAAUCUUAAUUCUUUUAAUAAUGGUGAUAAACUUGUUCAAACUGUUGCUUCUCAUUGUACUAAUACAAUAGUUAUUAUUAAUAGUGUUUCACAAGUUAAUAUUGAAGCAUGGAUUGAUCUUCCAAAUGUGGUUGGUGUUAUCUAUUCAGGUAUGCCUGGUUCUGAAUAUGGACCAGCUAUUGUUGAUGUUCUCUUUGGUAAUUAUAAUCCAGGAGGUAAACUUGUUUUUACAUUGGCUAAAAAAGAUUCGGAUUAUGGUACCGAUAUUAGUGUAACAAAAAAUUCUGAUUAUACUGAAGGUGUUUUCUUAGAUUAUCGUCAUUUUGAUAAAUAUAAUAUUGUACCUCGAUAUUAUUUUGGAUAUGAACAAUGUAUUGUUUCAUCACAAUAUCAACAAAAUCGAAUCAGACCUUAUAAUAAUAUUAUUGCUUCAAAAAUUUAUAUGCCUGUCUAUGAAAUAACAUUUACUAUUAUUAAUACUGGUAAUUUGUAUGGUUCAGAAGUACCUCAACUUUAUCUUGGAUUUCCAGCUACUGCACAACAACCACCAAAAGUAUUACGAGGUUUUGAAAGAGUAUAUUUAGCAUCAGGUGAAUCAAAACGUGUAACAUUAAUAUUAACACAAAAAGAUAUUUCAUAUUGGAAUGUUAUUAAUCAACAUUGGACUGUUGCUCCUGGUAUUUAUACCAUUUGGAUUUCAACAUCUGCUAAUAAGGCUGACAUUAAACUUCAAAGUUCAUUCCGCAUUUAAAUCAUUAUCGCAAAACAUUAAAUACUCAGUAUUUUUUUUUAUAAAUUUUGAGUAUUUUUUUUCUAAACUCUCAAUAAAAAUUUUCCUCUCAAUAAAAAGUUACUCUUUUGUUCAGUAUAAAAAUUAGUGUUCAGGAACUAUCAUAUUUGCUCGAUAAGUUAAUAAAUUAUGGGUGUAUGUAUAGGUACUACUGUCAGAAAAGUUAAAUUCGACAACUCAGAAAAAAUCAAAAUGAAGAACCAAGUUUCUUUGAAAGUUUUCGGAAAUGAAAUCGUGAGUAAAAAAAACACUAUAACAGUUAAACCAUGAAAUAGAUAUAAAAUUCUUAAGAGAGCUUCCAUGAGCUGAUCGAGCAUCGCUCCAAUAUACGAGGCACUCGAUAAAAUUUAUUUUUCGAUUUUUUUUUUUGCUCAUUCAAAACUUCAAUGUCUAAAACUACUAACCC